AUGAGAUCCACACUGUCCCUCUCAGCAGGCUUGGCCGCAGUCAUCCUGUUGACAUGCAACACUAUCCGCGCUCACACCUGGGUCGAAGAGGUUAGGAAGAUCGCCUCAAGCGGUGCCUUCGUUGGUGAUCCAGGCUAUAUCCGCAACUUUGGGCCCAGACUGCCAGGAGUCAGCCCCGAUAUCCCGAACGUCCACCUCGUCCCUCCCAACGGUAACGGUCGAAGCAACGCCAUCCUCCCGACAGACCUGAUGUGCAAGAGCAACCAACUUAAAGGUCAACAAACAGAGGGCUUCCCAGUUCUCAGCGCAGCUCCUCAAGACCAGAUCGCGCUCCGAUACCACGAAAACGGCCACGUCACGCUCUUCGCUACCAACCCAGGCAAGCCAGCAGGCAGAGGAACGGUCUUUGUCUACGGCACCUCCCAAUCUCUGGACAGCGACACCUACCUUGGCAUCCAUCGCGUCUGGAACACCGACGGCACUGGAGGCGACAAGCGUGGCAAACUGCUCGCAACCCGACCUUAUGAUGACGGACGUUGCUUUCAAAACAAUGCCAAUUCCAAGUUGCGAGCUGCAAGCGUAGGCAACUUCCCGGAGUCAGCCGGCGAUCUCCUGUGCCAAACCGACGUCCAGCUUCCGGCAGACGCUCCUACGUCAGGCAGCUACACCCUCUACUGGGUCUGGGAGUGGCCAACCCUCGAUGCCAGUGGCAACAUCGCUACCAACGAGAGCUACACCUCCUGCAUGGACAUCAGCAUGACAUCCAACGCAGUGGCUGCUGCCGGCGCCUUUGACUCGAAUGCCAUCAAUGGUCUCGCCGCUAACUCUGCUGCCAUCGAAGCUCAGAUGCUCCAUCCGUUCCUCGUUGACCCGAUCGCAGCACCGCAAAUAACCCCCGAUAACGUGCCAGGCCCUGCGCCCACCACGGCUCCUCCGAUCCAGCCCAAGACUGAGUUUGAUGUUCCAAAUAUCGCGGUCCCUGUGGCAGCUCCUGCACCAGCUCCGCCCAACAAGCCUGCUGCGGGCGUCGACGCAGCCCCUCCACCACCAUCCAAGCCGAAUAUCUCGGUCCCUACACCCAAGGGCGCUUUCAUCACCGUGACUGUCACCGGAGCCAAACAACUGGUGACGGUCACUGUUACAAAGGAAGUCGCAGUCGCCACCUCUGCCAUCUCUACAAGCCUCCAGAUGCAGAGCACCGUCGAGACCGUAACCAUGACCAUCUCACGGAAUCCCGCGUCCUCCGCCUCCGCACUUCCCAGCUCCGCCUUUUCCAGUUUCUCUGCCGUGCCCAUGGCCUCAGCUUCUGCGUCCGGCGUCCCCAAACCAGCCCCGUUCCUCUCCCCCGACUCGCAGGCGCGGGCAGGCACUGUCCAGAACCGAGCUGAAGCAGAAGCUGCGCCGCAGCCAAAGCAGAAGCGUACUCUCCGAUUCCACCCCCGCUCAUGA